AGCGCGUCGCGGAGCAGGAGCGACGCACGGCGAUUGGGUGAGCCCGGAGCCGAAGUGUUUUAAGUUAAAAAAAAAAAGACGAGACGAGGACAACGACGACAGCAGCUGCGGCCGCAUGAGUCGAACUCACAGUCGAACUUUUCGGCCUGGUGUUGUAGAGACUUCGGAUGUUACGAUGGCUGCGAACUUCACCAUUUCAGACAGCGAUUCGGAGCCUUCGGAGGAGGUAGAGGAAGCAGAAAACAAGCGGCCGUCAGAGGGACAGGAGAACGUUCGUCGUCACCUCAACAUACCCGAGCUCAGACUGUCAACGAACGGUCGAAUCCGGCUGAACUCGGAGUCCCACCUUUCCACUGUCUACAAAGAGGAGGAUCUACUGGCCCGGGGGGAGGAGGAGCCCGGGACCCCUACCGAGGGGUACCCCUUCAGGGGACGAUCCAAGUCCGCCCCUCCCGCCCUGUGGGCUGCCAAGAAGUACGGUCAGCGGCUUCGAAGGAUGAGCGACGAGUUCGACAGCCUGCUUGAUAAAGGGGAGAUGAGGAAGGUGAAGAGUGUGGGGUCGACCAAACCGAUCCCCCACACCAGAAGCUGGUGGAACUACCUCUUUAGUCACCAGGAGUCGGACGGAGAGAACGGCCACCACGAAAAACCAACGCACCGCACCGAAUGAACGCUGGGGCGGGGAAACGGGAGCCGCUGGAGAUUUUUUACGGAUGAAGAACGAGGAAACGACUGAACGCUGGCUGAGCGGGACCAGUGGGUCCCACCUGAAGAGACUUCUGUUUAAGUCAUCCGUAUUCUUUUUUUUUUUUUUCUGUUUGUGUUGUGAUUGAAAAGUGUUGAGCUGUCCUUUGUGUUAGGGCAAACAGAAUUAAAUUACAUGAGAUUACCCCUAAAAAAAACUAACAAAAAAACUAGUGCAUUAAUGAACAGGAAACGUUAUUUUGUUUUUAAACGGUGCACCGUACUUCACGGAGCAACGAUUUAAAACUUUGUCCUGCUUUCCAUUUAGGUGAUAAUUACGUUUUACCACCAUAUUUCCAUUUUUUUUUUUUAAUCCACUGUAAUCCAGCGUCAAAAAUAAUCCACUAAUGAAGGUUUUUUGUUAUAAAGUACUCCACUUCCCGUUCCUCAACGUUUGCCUUUCCUACUUUAAGCUGUACGAGACUAUCAGAACUGCUUUAUUAGAUCGAGUUCAUCAAAAGAACAAUCUUGUAGUCGGACAAUCUGCGACGGCGCACAAACUAUUUUAGAUUAAACUUCAGGGUCAGAUUAUAGACAUGAAACAGAAAAAGCACAAGUCAGUCUUUUUUCAAAGCCUUGGACGAGCAAAAAUAAAAUGAAUUUUUAUGUGUAAAUAUCUUGUAAAUAUGAAAUACCAGGGACUGGGCGGGGCUAUAAAUAAGGUGAUUUACGCAGAAUUUUAUUCACGAGGUUACCGAGAAGUUCGGCUAACCUAGCAAUAGGCUGUGGCUGUCGGGAUUAAACGUAUUUGAAGAAGUCGGUGGAGAUGAAUUAACUAACUGCUGUAAGGGAUGAAUUUUGUCCCGUCUGAUUUAAACGCAGGUUCGAUGACUUUUAGAUACAAUCUACGGAGUUUGUUCCGAAAAGUCAAUUUUUAUAUAUAUAUUAAAAAAAUUAAACUUUUGUCUACAUUAGAUUUAAAUCGAAUUUUUACUGUUUG